GAUUCAUUCUGACAGAGAAGCCGCUGAUCCAGCCCAGAGCCUCAGCGGGCUUCCGAGGAUGUCCACCCCGCUGCGGGGACACGGAGCUCCGGGCGGGAUGCUCGAGUCCAGCCGGCCGGUUCUGGUCCAGUCGCCCCGCCGCCGCUGCCGCCGCCGCGUCCCGCACCCAUGAAGCCCCCGCUGAUGAAGCCCCGAGCAGCCGGAGAGAGGCGGACAGCGGCCGCAAACAGAGAGCAUGUACUGGCGCGUCGGGUUCGCCUGGUUGCGGUCCUGUGCGGUUGAUCUCGGCCAGAACCAGAGCUCCUCCUCCGGCCUGCCGGGCUCCGAUGAGCGGCUUCUGUUCGGCUGCAUCGUCGCCUGUCCGCUGCAGGACUGCGGCGGCGUCAUGUCCGCCCUGGGCUCGGACUCCUGGUGGAGGAAGACGCUGUAUCUGACCGGGGGGGCUCUGCUGGCCGCCGCCGCCUAUCUGCUGCACGAACUGCUGGCCAUCAGGAAGGAGGAAGAGCUGGACUCUAAAGACGCCAUCAUCCUCCACCAGUUCUCCAGACCUAAAUCUGGAGCUCCAUCGUUGUCCCCGUUCUGCCUUAAGAUGGAGACCUACCUCCGUAUGGUGGACCUGCCCUACCAGAACUACUUUGAUGGGAAGCUGUCGCCUCAGGGGAAGAUGCCGUGGAUCGAGUACAACCAGGAGCAGGUGUUUGGCUCCGAGUUCAUCAUUGACUUCCUGGAGGAGCGUCUGGGCGUGAGCCUCAACAAGAGCCUGACGCCGCAGGAGAAGGCCGUGUCCAGAGCCGUCACCAAGAUGGUGGAGGAGCACUUCUACUGGACGGUGGCAUACUGCCAGUGGGUGGACAACCUGGAGGAAACCCAGAAGAUGCUGUCGGUGAGCGGACCGCUGAGCGACCUGCUCAGGUGGAUCCUGAGUCACCUGACCGGCGGGAUCGUGAAGCGGGAAAUGUACGGACACGGGAUUGGACGGUUCUCUAAGGACGAGGUUUACGCCCUGAUGGAGAAAGACAUGAGAACGCUGGCCACGCUGCUGGGUGAUAAAAAAUACCUGAUGGGCUCGAAGCUUUCCACGGUGGACGCUGCAGUGUUCAGUCAUCUGGCUCCAGCCAUGUGGACGCUGCCGGGAUCACGACCAGAGCAGCUCAUCAAAGGUGAGCUCAUCAACCUGGCCAUGUACUGCGAGCGCAUCCGCCGGCGGUUCUGGCCCGAGUGGUUCGUGGACCUGGAGGACUUCCGCUACACCGACACCACGGAGAGCGUCGACUCGGCGUCCAAACUCCCCGACCUGGGCCUGUACUCCCGGACCGACACCUUCCAUGACGACACCCACUCACACACUUCGCCGACGCCCCAAGACCCGCCGUCGCCCGACAGCGACCCGACGGGCCACUCGCUGUACGACUCCGACAUGGACACGGAGUGCUCUGACUCAGACCAGCUCAAGUGUUGACGACACACUCGCACUUAGUAGUCGGUAAACACACCAUCGGAGGGCGACUCGUCCUUCUGCACAUUGCGCCCCCUACCUCUCAGAGCAGGAACCAACCGGUUUGUGGCGUUUCAGAGGCUUAAACCCGAAAACUGCGGUGGAGGAAAGUCGAGAAAGUUGCAGAAAAAACUCCAGGAGUACAUGACGCCGUGGCUGAGAAACUCCUCCACGUCGUCAUCUGCAGUCACAACCUUCUACCUGUUGCCGUGCCCGCUACCUGUAGCCAUGGCAACCACGUUUGUGCACGCCCCUCCGUUGUCUGUCGUAGCGACUCGCAUCACCAGUGUGUGUUUCAAGCCCUGGCAAGAUUCAUGCAAUCCAUGAAUGCGACUCGGUGUAAAUAUACGAUCUGAUUUCUCAGAUUUAGCAGAUAGAAUAUUUGAUUACAUAUAAAUAUACGAGUAUAAAUAGUAUAGAUAGAAUGGAAGUAUAUCUCCUUUGUCAUACGGUGUAAAUACUGUAGGUGUUGGAUUCAGUCUGCCAUGUAUUAGUCUCCAUGAUCCGCCACCAUCCGUUUACACGACGGGGACGUUACAGUAAUGCCUGCUGCCCAUAUUUAGGUAGUGAAAUUUAAAUACUAGCACUUUUAAAACUAUCUUUUUGUCUCAUUGAGAUGAUUAUUUUGCCAAAAAUUUAAAAAAGACUCCCCACAUCUUAGAGUAAUGAGGCUCCUGUGUUUGUAGCUUGAGAUCAAAUUGCGUUAAUUCGAGCGUUGAGAGCGAGUCGAACAAUCACAGACUGAACAGAUAUUUAGUGCAUGGCUGGUACGUGCCCGUUAAAAAAAAAAAAAGUCCCUUUACACUUUAGAUAAAGUUGUUUCUUAGCUUGCCUGUUUGUUUGUCGGUGCCUCUGGACAAACAGGAAGAUGUAGCCAGUGGAUGUUUAACGAAGGAUUUUAGUUUUUUUUUAGUGAAAGCAAUAAGAGAGCAGGUCAACUCUGUCUGGUUUUAACGCUGCACUGCAGCAGCUGAUGAUGGAAGGAUGCAGGUUCUUUGUGUGUUUGUCGCUCAGCAAAUGCACGAACCGACAACGUUUUGUGUGUUCAGGCUGCUGAUGAGUAGAAUAUUUAUGUUUCUGUGUUUAAACGAGGCUUCGCCCACAUAAAUACCGACGGAGGUUUCAGCGUUCAGGUGGAAACGGUGGUUUUAUCGAUGCUGCUUCUUGUUUGUGGUGCAGUUAAAUCAUAUUACAGAGUCAGACUGAUUAUUUAAACUGAAGUAUUAUUUAUUUAAAGGCCUGAUCACUCAUGUUUUUACGUAAAAGUUUGGAGACAAAAUGACAAAACUAAAGCUACAGGGACUAAAAACAUAAACAAAAAUCUGCAUGUUAGCUGUAGAUGAACUAAAUGCAUUGUCUCCAUGCUAGUCUUAUUAGCUAAAAAGCUAGAUUAGAAGCAUAUUAAAUCAUUUUAACCUGGUUAGUUUAUAUUGAAAUGAUAAGAACUGACUCAGAUUUAUAUGAUUCCAGAAAGAGGAAUAAAAUACUGACCUUCAGAUCAGUAGUCCAGAAACUUAACCAUUGCACCACCACUGCCCCCUAAAUUUAAGAAGGGUCUGGUCUUGAACCAGCAACCUGCAGCUCCAAAAUAAGCCCUUAACUCACUGAGCUACAGAUCAGAUUAAGAUAUUCAAACACCUCAUGUAGAGAGUUUCACGCUUAGAUGGUCAGUAAAACCCUAAAACUCAACCAAAAUGACCUAAAAUUGUCCAGAAUAAGUUAAAACUUCCUUAAAAUGACUAGUUCUCUGUCAAAAAUAACCUAAAACACAUCUAAAACCCUAACCCUAAUUACUGGAAAUUUUCCUAAAAUUGGUCCAAAUACCCUAAAAAAAAUCACAAAAUUACAUAAAAUCAGUCUAAAUUGACUUAAAUUUAUCCAAAUGGCUUGAAGUUUGUUAACAAUGACCAAAAACUUGAUCAGAUUGACUCAUAAUUGUCUAAAAUGACUUGAAAGUCAUCCAACAUGACUUAAAAUUGUCCAAAGUGACUCAAAGUUUUACCAUUUAAACACUGGUGUGACCAGGCCCUAAACAACUAUUAGUUCUGUGUAUAUAAUGGAUAUCAUCCAGUAAGUUACAAGAACCUUUCAUAGAAAAAUGCAAAAAAUAUGUUGGAGAUUACUUCUAAAGUAUCUAGACUUUGCCAACACUUGUGAUGCUAACCCAAACACUUAACCCCAACCCUAACUCUUGAUCAUUCCCCUAACUCUUAAUUCCAACCCUUACCCCAGCCCUAUUCCUACGGGGUGCUGGGCCGAACCCAAAACCUAACCCAAGCUCUGGCAACUAUUUUCUCAUUGUAAAAUGUCCCUUUAACCAAAUUAUCAAAUCAAAAAUGUUUCUUUAAGGUGUUUUUGGGACAUUUUAUGCUUUGAAAUGUCAACGUUUGUCUGAGAAAUGCAUCAGUUUGGCUCUGUUUGUGAAGACGCUGCACAUGUGUGGAACCUAAACCUGUAGCAUUAGCAUGUAGCAGAAAAAGGAUGCAGAAUAAGUUUAUAAAAUCUGACAUGAUGAUGCCUUUGAUGAUGGCUUUGCUAAUGAAUUUAAGACAAAUUAAUGAUGUUUUUUGGUCAGUUUGGCUCCUACUUAACACAUUAUUAUCAUCAACAUGCUGGACUGGAAGAAAAAAAGCCUGAACGGAGCCUUUAAAGUGAAAACUCGAACUGAACGUUUGGUGUCUUAACCUCCCUCGCCUGCAUGCUCUCUGCCUUCUCUCAUCGACGGUCAGAUUUAGCCUUAUGGAAACAGUUUACUUUGAACCAGUGCCAGCAGAUGACUUCUGUUUUUACAUAUAUUCAUUUAUUUAUUGAUUUCAAUGGUUGAUGUGCUUGAAUUCUGAAAAUAUCGUUCAUUGUUUUGCACUUUUCUUCACGUUUACAUUUUUGUUCUCUACGGCUGAACUGAUUUAUUGACCUGUGUAUUGGUGCAAUACUGUAGAUUCUCUUCAGACUUGUGCGUGUUUUCAUCGCUGUAACUGCAUGUGCAUCCACGUUUUGGGGUAAAUGUUGGAAAAUCAUACCGUCAUCGUCGUGUUUUUUGCUGCAAAAUCUGCCUUCUUCUCAAAGAGGAAGGAACCAUUCCUCUGCAGUGCUUCAUGUUCAGUUGAAGCUAAAAUACCAAACUGACCCGAUCGGCUGACGGUCGGAGUCACUUCUCUCUUUAAAGUUCACACAUUGCAGGACAAAAAAAAAAACUGCAAAAGUCCUUUUUUUCCCAAUCGGCGUCCGCCAUCUGUCUCAGUGUUCCUCGGCAUCUGAAGGUUGGAGGUCUUGGUCCUGGUCUCCACCUUCCCGUCAUGAUUUCAGCUUGUAGACUGUAGAAACCAUCGUCUCUUGGUGUCGUGUUUGAUGAAACACUUGUGGAAACUCAUCGGACUGUAAAUAAGAGAGCCGUUAAUAAAUUAAUUAUGACCUAAAAGAAAAAAUGGUUUAAAAAAGAAUCUUCUGAAUGUAUCAUAACUAGAAAUAAAAGGCUGUAUGACAAUGGAUUACUGGUAAUAUUUCAUUAAAUAUAGCUGUGAUAUUUUCCUCUG